UUGACAAAACCUGUGAAAACUAAUUUAGGAUUAGUUCAGGGUAAAGUGGUGAAUACCAUAGGAAAAAAAGUACAAUACUCAAGUUUUCUAGGCAUACCUUAUGCAAAACCCCCUGUUGGUUAUAGAAGAUUCCAGCCACCGGAAUACGCCGAUACCUGGAAGAAUAUCUAUCAAGCAACACAGGAAAAAAAUAUAUGUCUUCAAAGAAAUCCUGUUGAUGGAUUCCCUAUGGGGAAUGAAGACUGUCUCUAUCUCAAUGUGUAUACACCGAAAGCAGAUACUGACAUACGACUACGGGCGGUAAUGGUUUGGAUUCAUGGUGGGAGUUUUGACAGUGGAUCUAGUAGUCCCGAAUUAUAUGGACCGGACUUUCUGAUUGAAGAUGAUAUAGUAGUUGUUGCAAUGAAUUAUCGUUUAGGACCUUUAGGAUUUUUAUCUCUCAACCACAGCAAUGCCACUGGAAAUGCUGGGUUGAAAGAUCAAAAUUUAGCGCUGAAAUGGGUACAACAGAAUAUUGAACAUUUUGGUGGUGAUCCGAUGAAAGUCACUAUUUUUGGGCAAAGUGCAGGAAGUGUUGCGACAUUGUAUCAUGUUCUUUCAGAUCAAUCAAAAGGU